AUGUGUGCUGAUUUGUGCAACGAAUUACCAGAUGACGUGAAAAGAUUAACCACGUUGAUGUCAUCCACGAACGAGACGGAAGAUAAUGUGUCAACUGUGUUAGAGCAGUACGAGCGUUUGGGCUUUCCGCCAGCUCAAUUAGAGCGCAUGAUCUAUCGUUACGUGUUCUUUCAUCUGCCCGCUUGCAGUGCUUAUCGGUUUUUGUGGACAUAUAUACCACCGAUAAUUAUUCUUCUAGGCAGUUUUGGAAACAUCUUGGCGUUCAUGGUCUUAAGACAUCCGUCCACGCGAUAUGUGUCUGCCUUCGUUUACCUCACAGUGCGUUCAGUGGUUGAUGAAGUCGUACUAACUGUGGGUUUGUUGCGCAGAUGGAUUGACUACAUGAUUAACCGCAAAUUGGAACAUUCGACUAGCGUAUUCUGUAAAUUGGCGCAAUUCGCCGGUGUCUCUUCCAGUUUCCUCUCCGUUUGGUUAACAGUAACGCUCACCGCUGAACGCGCGUUAGUUGUCAGUUUUCCACUUCAUGGUACACGUUUCAUCUCUUAUUCUCGGGUGCGCAAACUCAUAAUUGUACUAAGUCUUAUCUGUAUACUUCUCAGUCUGCAUUUCUUUAUCACUGUGGAUCUGAUUCCUACUACCACCACUCCAUCAUCAUCAACAGCUACAACAGAUUUCAUCCAUCAGCCCUAUCAUUCCCUGUACCUGGAACCACAGGACUCGAACACAACCGAACCAUGGAGAAAUCAAACCCAAUCUGCAAUCACUGGUGAUGUGAGUUCAGUGAGACAGGAAAUGGUGUACCAAUGUAAUUUUAAACCAGAAUUUGCUUCCUUCGCUUGGCUGUGGACCACAAUAGAUGCUGUGGUCUAUUGUUAUUUACCGUUUAUAUUAAUUUUUGGGUUGAAUGUGGUCAUCGUUUAUCACGUGAAUGCGGCGCAAAAGAAACAGCAUCGCAUCCGUGUACGACAUUCGGUGAUACCAAUGCAGCAGUUGAGCAAAGCAACGGGUGCUAGUGGAGACCAGAUGAAUAAUGUGCGUCAAAUGACAAUUAUGUUACUGGUCGUUUCUUUUGCUUUCCUAGUCACAACUGUGGCCAUUGUGGUCACUAAGAUUCUCUCUCAAGUGCUAGAUUUGAGUGGGUCGGGACGAACACAUGAACGCCUAUAUUUUCAACUGGCUGAUACUGUGGCCGAAUUGCUAAUGUAUAUCAACCAUGCAAUGAACUUUUAUCUAUUUUGCGCAACGGGUAAACGGUUUCGCUCCCGGUUGUGGUAUCUCCUCGCGAAGUGCCGUCCGACGGCGCCAAAUCGUGGCACGGCAGACCAGCAGCAGACCGCACGUCUUGACCCUGAUUGCCACUAUCCCACCUGUUCAAAUCCGACNGACACCAAGAACAAACGGACCAAAUAUAUUUACAUCUAA